CCGAAACAGCUGAUUAAAUAUUAAGCAGUGAAGGUGAAAGUAGUAUAAAUAGUGAUUUAGCUGGAGUUGUUUAAAACACCUAUUUUUAUAGCCAGAUUCAUAAACCAUCCUGUGCAAUAAUAAAAUGGCAGGUGCGGAAUCAGCAAUUCACGCUUCCCAGAAUCAACAUAGUGAGAACAGCGACAGCAAUAGUAAUGGCGAAACCAACAGUGGCAGCAUAACAGCUGUGCCAAGCAGUGGGCCGGUAAUGGUAGCAUCACUUAAAGCUUCCGAAAUACUUGAAGAAUAUGGACCUAAUUUAAAACUUUUGGAUUGUAAUUCACAAGUAGCAGAACUAUUAACCAUCAUACGUGAUAAAAACACAACACGUAGUGACUUCAAAUUUUACGCUGAUCGCCUCAUACGUUUGGUCAUCGAAGAGUCCCUUAACCAGCUUCCGUAUUCCGAUUGUCGGGUGGAAACACCCACAGGUGCGACGUACGAUGGGCUCAAAUAUCGUGCUGGAAACUGUGGUGUCUCCAUUAUACGGUCUGGUGAAGCAAUGGAACAAGGACUACGUGACUGCUGUCGUUCAAUACGCAUUGGAAAAAUAUUAGUAGAAUCUGAUGCGGAUACUCAUGAAGCUCGUGUGGUUUAUGCAAGGUUUCCUGAUGACAUUGCUAGCCGUCAAGUGCUGCUUAUGUAUCCCAUUAUGUCCACUGGUAAUACAGUUUUGCAGGCAGUAAAUGUACUAAAAGAGCACGGUGUCCCCGAAAGUUGCAUAAUAUUAUCGAAUCUUUUCUGCACACCGGUCGCUGCUAAGACUGUAGUUGGUGCUUUUCCAAAACUUAAAAUUCUUACUUCCGAGCUGCAUCCUGUUGCACCUAAUCAUUUUGGACAAAAAUAUUUUGGCACUGAUUAGGCAUUAAAUAUUGCAUGUGUUUUUGUUUACUAUUUUAGUUUUAAAUUGUAAAUUUUAAAAAAUCGGUAUUGGGUCUGCUCAGACUGUUUUAUGUAUUUUAUAAACCUGAAAAGAAACUUAAAACUUAUUUAAAAAAGUUUUGGUUUAUAUCAUAUAAUUGCGGGCUCUACUUUUAUAAAAAUCAAUUUAACACAUUAUGACAACCAGGCCGAAAAGAAAAUAUUUUCGAUAUUGUAGAGUUAAGGAUGUCUUAAUUUGGUUAUUCAUCAAAAUAAAAAAUAAAGAAAAAACACUCGGCAAAAAAAA